AUGUCAGUAUCCUCAAAUAAGCCUGACCUUCCAAUGAUCACGGACCACGAUUGGACAACAGAUCAUUGGAAUAAAUUUUGGAAUUCUGCCCCGGUUAUUCCGUUCCAGCUCAAUGAAUUUAACCCCGAAUUAUUGAAGCGUGAAAAAAUGCUGUUUCCGAUACCGGAUAAAAAAUACCGAGUGCUUUUUCCGUUAUGUGGGAAAUCAUACGAUAUGAAAUGGGUAGCUGAUAAAGGCCAUACCGUCAUUGGCGUGGAUUGCUCCGAGAAAGCAUUGACUGAUUUUUUUAAUGAGCAUGGCAUGACUUUCGUCGUUAAAAACGACGGCAGUUUCAAGAUCCUGCAAUCGACAACAGCGGGCUGUGAUAUCAUUUUAUACGUCGGCGACUUUUUCAAUUUACCAAGUGCUUCAUUCGAAAAAUGCGACGCAGUUUUUGACUACGGGAGCGUAAUCGCAAUAAAACCCGAAGAGAGAAGAAAGUAUUCUGAUGUCAUCAAUAAAAAGACGACAAGGGACGUCAACUAUCUGUUAUGUGCGUUUGACUUCAAUGGAUAUAUGGAUCCAAAACCGCCAACGUAUGCAAAUUCACCUGUAAUGGUUGUCGAUGCGUUUGGGGAUAUAUUCAAUAUAAAACCUAUACUUGACGUUGACAGAGAGAGAUACCUCCGUGGUGUACCGAAACCAGUAGCGAGAGAACAUUAUUACUAUCUUACGAAGAAGUGAUCAUUUGUUUCAUUACUCUUGCAACUUGCUUCUAUCGGAAGAUUAUGUACUUU